AUGGAUGAAAAUAACCAGACAUUUGUUUCUGAAUUCCUUCUGUUGGGUCUUUCUGGAUACCCCAAAACUGAGAUCAUUUUCUUUGUUCUUGUUCUGGUUAUGUACCUAGUGAUUCUAACUGGCAACAGUGUUCUGAUCAUAGCAAGCAUCUUUGACUCCCGUCUUCAUACACCCAUGUACUUCUUCCUGGGCAAUCUCUCUUUCCUGGAUAUCUGCUACACAACUUCCUCUGUUCCCUCAACACUGGUGAGCUUAAUUUCAAAGAAAAGAAACAUUUCAUUUUCUGGUUGUGCAGUGCAGAUGUUCUUUGGAUUUGCAAUGGGAUCGACAGAAUGUUUGCUUCUUGGCAUGAUGGCUUUUGAUCGCUAUGUGGCCAUCUGCAACCCUCUGAGAUACUCCAUCAUCAUGAGUAAAGACGUGUAUGUAUCCAUGGCAUCUGUAUCAUGGUUCUCUGGUGGAAUCAAUUCAGUUGUGCAAACAUCUCUUGCCAUGAAGUCGCCUUUCUGUGGGAAUAAUGUUAUUAAUGAUUUUACGUGUGAGGUAUUAGCUGUCCUCAAGCUAGCUUGUGCUGAUAUAUCUCUCAAUAGCAUUACCAUGGUGAUAUCAAAUGUGGCCUUCCUGGUUCUUCCACUACUAGUCAUCUUUUUCUCCUACAUGUUCAUCCUCCACACCAUCUUGAGAAUGAACUCGGCCAUGGGGAGACGCAAGGCCUUUUCCACCUGCUCUGCCCACCUGACUGUGGUGGUCAUGUUUUAUGGAACCAUUUUCUCUAUGUAUGCAAAGCCCAAGUCCCAAGAUCCAACUGGGGAAGAUAAGUUCCAAACGUCAGAUAAGAUCAUUUCUUUGUUUUAUGGAGUAGUUGCCCCCAUGCUGAAUCCCAUCAUCUACAGCCUGAGGAAUAAGGGUGUGAAAGCUGCUGUAAAAUCCGUACUGAAACGAAAGUACAUUCAAUAA